AUGGAGUGGAGUUUUCCAGUUGUAGAAUCGACUGUGCCGGCGGACAAACGUGAAGGGCACACACACUGUCCCCUCGUUCUAGACCCCAGUAACUGACAAUCACUGUUAUGGACCUUUGUCCUUCCCUUUCUGGCUUUCCAGACGAGGGAACGGACCACAUCAUUAGGUUCACAAGAGGAGGGUGUCUUGUGUGAGCCAAGUGCUGCGAGAAAUGUUUGGAGUUCAAGCUCUAAUCACGAUUUUUGUCCCCCAUAUCUGGACGAUCUCCUGCGUGACUCAAGAUCUUUUAUUCGGCAAUCUAUUGAUUGUAUAUCAAAUUCUAAAUCCUGUGGUGGAGUAAUAGUGGUUGCUGAGUUCUGUCCCCCACAUUUUUGGCAGAACGCAGCACAGUCAUCAUUGGGGUAAUGACAAGUUUUACAGGUGAUCGCAGGGCGCCAUAUCCGGGGCACGCCCUAAACAAUGUUGAAAAGAAAAAUCAGUUUGUCAGUGGAUACACACAUAACACAGCCUCAUAAUCGAAAGGCCCAGAGUGUUGGAAAUUGACGUUAUUUUGCUUUAGACAUUAGUGUAUUUUGAAUGACAACAAUGGACAUUUAGAGUUAGUAGGGGAUUGCUGAGCACGUGUGAGAAAAGAGGGGGGAGUGAACAAUGUUGUGACUGUGACUUGGGAUUUUAAAACACCGAGUUGGGAGUAUAGUUUAUUGCUAUUAAAUUAUAAAAUACAUUUUGUGUUCUGUACUUAUUUGGAGGCACAAUUUCAGAAUACGUGGCACCUACCGACGAAGAUAUAUUUGUGAUAUUUUGGGAUUUAUUUCAACGCUAGCGAGCAAUUUAUUAUUGUGAACGAGGAAGCGAAACUCGAUACAAAACUCACUCAGUUGAGAUUGACGGCGCAAAGAACCGUGAAAAUACUUGAUGCUGGAAAACGAGAAACGAUCGAACAGCAUUUAAAGGCACUCCAAACAACAAUAAGCGAAACAGAUCAGUACAAACGUACGGUUGAGGCUGAAAAAAUUGGUAAGGAAGAAGACCUAGCAGAAAUUAGCGACUGGAAUACGGAAAUCGAAGCGAAGAUAGGUGAAGCUGAAGUAAAUCGACUUCAACAAUGGCUCGGCAGCAAAAAGAUGGAAGAAGAAAACUACGCUCGAGAGGAACAACUUAAAUUCGAAGUGAAAUUGGGAGAAACAAAGCUUCAGAUGCAAGCUAAAAUUCAGGAUGCAAACCCGGGGGAGCAUAACACCUCGAAAACUGAGACGGGGGAAGGCAUGAAAGGUAUGUCAGUGAGAUUACCUAAAAUUAAUAUUGUGCAAUUUGAUGGGUCAUACAUAUGGAUUGGCCAAGAUUUUGGCACCAAUUCACAGAGACAGUGGAUAAGUCAAAUAUAGCUGCUAUCAACAAAUUUACAUAUCUGUGUGGGUUUCUGGGACCAAAAGUUAAACGCCGUGUAGAGUCAUUGCCAUUUACUGCGGAGGGAUACAACCGGGCAAAGUCAAUUUUGCAAGAUCAAUAUGGCAAAACUCCAGAGAUUGUUAAAGCCUAUAUUAAAGAGAUCAUGGAUUUGCCACACAUUUCUGCAGCCAACCCAAAGAAAAUAGCAGAAUUCAGUGAGAAAUUGAAUUAUGGUGUUCAAGCCCUUGACAAACUCCACCAUACAAGUAUAUGUGAUGCCAAAGAUCGAGAUGAUAAAGCCACUACUGAACGAAAAGUGUUAACUGCAAGUGGAAGCACAGCUGAAGGAAUUUUCCCUGUUGUGGUAGUCAAGGUGAAUGGAAUAACAUGUCGAGCACUGAUAGACUCUGGUGCUGGUAGCUCGUACAUAUCUGGCAAACUUGCUUCCAUGCUGAAUGUGAAACCAAUCAAGUCAAGAACCUCAAAAAUUGACAUGCUUUUGACAUCUAGAACCACCAGGCUGGAUAUAUAUGAAGCGAAAGUCGAGUCAGUUGACGGUGAUUAUGCAGUGGAUGUAAAUUUGAUCAAAGUCGAGAAGGGGGAGCUACUCACUAUUGACAAUCCUCAUGAUAAGUUACAAAGUGAAUUUGAUCACCUUAAACAAGCAAAGUUCAUUGAUGUCGAACAGAAAUCUCAAUUACCUGUUCAUGUUGUGUUGGGAAGUGGUGAGUACGCGCAGAUAAAAACUCGAACAAAUCCUCUAGUGGGAACUGAAGGUCAACCAAUUGCUGAGAAGACAAAACUUGGAUGGUUCGCCAUGAGCCCUGGUGUAGAGCUGAACCACAACAUGAUGCUUCUAACUCAAACAUCCCAGAAAGAUUAUGAAGACCUGUGCCGCCUUGAUGUGUUGGGACUUGCAGAUACAGCUGAGCAUGAUCAAUCUAUGGUCUACAGUGAGUUCAAAGAACAAUUGACUAUAUCUCCAUUGGGCUGGUAUGAGACAGGCCUUCCUUGGCGCGGAAACCACCCACCACUACCGUCAAAUGAAAUGGGAAGCAUCUGCCGAUUGCAAUCUUUGGAAUGUCGCCUGCAACGAAAGGACUUAAUCGAAGACUACAACACAGUGAUCGAGCAGCAGAAACAACAAGGAAUUGUGGAACCAGCCAAUAACGAAGCCACAGGGAAAGUAUUCUACCUACCCCAUAAGGAAGUUGUACGAGAGUCGGCACAGUCAACAAAGCUGCGAGUUGUAUAUGAUGCUUCUGCGAAAGCCUCUCCUGUAAGCCCAUCCUUAAACGAAUGUCUUUACGCAGGUCCCCUCUUCAGAACAAACUUUGGGAGAUACUAGUUAGAGCCCGAAGUUUCCCAGUAGCAAUCACAGGUGACAUGGAGAAAGCAUUUCUCCAGAUCCGUGUAAAAGAGAGUGAAAGAAAUGUGCUAAGAUUUCAUUGGCAAGAAAACCCACUAGCUGAUGUGGAGGUAUUGCGGUUCACCAGAGUAUUGUUUGGUUCGGUAUCAUCGCCAUUCCUGCUUGGCGGAGUUUUGGAAGCGCACUUAGAUUACUGGAAGAGCAAAGCUCCAGAAGCAGUGGACACACUGAAGAAAAGUCUGUAUGUCGAUGACAUUAUUUCGGGGGGUAACACUGUUGGUGAAACAAAACAGUGCAAGUCUGAAGCUACUGAUAUACUGGGUGAUGCAACCUUUUCACUUCAUAAAUGGGCAUCCAAUGUGAACGAACUGGACGGAGAAAGUGACAACAACAAAGAUCGCGAGGAACAAACAGCAGCAAAACAACAGCUCGGCGUGAAGCCAACAGAAAUGAAGAUCCUGGGUGUGAAAUGGGAAAAAGAGAAUGAUACACUAAGUGUGCAACUGGGAUCGAACAGCGAAAGUCCUACAAAGCGAAUCAUCCUUAGUCGGUUAGCCAAGAUUUACGACCCAAUAGGAAUUGCCUCACCUCUGUUGUUGCAAGGAAAACAAGUCUACCGAGAAGUAUGUGACCACAAGCUACCAUGGGAUGUAGAAUUGAAAGGAGUGACUAAGAAACUGUGGGGAAAAUGGGAAGAUAACCUGCCCAGCGAAGUGACUGUGCCAAGACCAAUUGCACCUUUCCAAGAUCCGGUGGAGAAAUUGGAGAUUCAUGGAUUCGGAGAUGCCAGUGGCAAGGGGCUGUGUGCAUCGGUGUACACAGUUGCAAGACAACCAUCUGGUGUUACUCGAGAGUUACUAGCUGCGAAAGCAAGACUUGCAAAGAAACGACUGACCAUACCAAGGUUAGAACUUGUUGCAUGCCACAUGGUAACCAAUUUGGUCAACAAUACAAGCAGAGCUCUUUGUCAUAUUCCACACGAGAAGCACUGCUGGUCAGAUAGCACAGUAGUGUUAUGGUGGAUCACAGGAGAAGGCCAGUAUAAGCAGUUCGUGGCAAAUCGAGUAGCAUAGAUUCGAGAUGCUGAAGGAAUCGAGUGGCAUCAUGUACCGACAACAGAGAACCCAGCUGACCUCGGAAGCAGGGGUGGUCAACUUACAAAGCUCUGGUUAAAGGGUCCUACUUGGCUGCCAGAUCAUAGUCAUUGGCCACCGAAUCUCGUUGUCAAACCAUCUGCCGAUUCUCAGAGUGAAUCCAAAGCAACACGAGCGAUUCUCAAUGUAGGUGUGGAACGAGUGGAGUCAGCAAUCCUGGGAGAUAUUCUGAGGAAGCAUUCAUUGACGAAAACCCUAAGAAUUGGUGCAUGGAUAAAGAGAUUCCUCGACAACAGUCGCGUGAACGUAGACAGCAGGCAACAUGGUCCAUUAACAACUGAUGAGAUUGACCAACAGCGUCUAUGGUGGAUCAAAUAAGUACAAGCAGAUGCAAAAGAAGAUUCAAAAUGUCAAAAUGAUUCAGUUCAGUUAAACCUACAAGCCGGUGCGAAUGAGAUUCUGAAGUGCAAAGGACGUGUACAAGGACAACUUCCUAUUACCUGCCCAACAGCUCGUUGUUUGCCGUGAAACUUGUGGAAGAAGCUCAUAUAAAGACGCUCCAUGGGGGAGUUAUUUUGAUGAUGGUGAAGAUUUGUGAGAACUACUGGAUACGUCGCCUAGUAAAAAAGUCACAAAAGGGAUGCGCACGAUGCAAGAAGUUUAUGACCAAACCUUAUCAAGCUCCAACACCUGCACCAUUACCAACAACAUGAACGGAAGGGACUACUCCUUAUAAAGUUAUUGGAGUCGAUUUCGCCGGCCCAAUCACGUAUAGAGGUAAGAAAACCCAAGAAGGGAAAGCAUACUUAGUCCUAUUUACAUGUAGUUUGACUCGAGGAGUUUACCUAGAAGUUCUGAAGAGUCUUGAAACAACCCCUUUCCUUCAAAGUCUCAAAAAGACUAAUCGCCAGAUGAGGUCGACCUUCUCUUAUCUACUCGGACAACGCAAAGACGUUCCAAGCGGCUGCAUCAUGGUUAAACAAGGUGAUGAAAGACGAGAAAUUCCACAGUGAACUGAGCAAGUAUUAGAUCAAGUGGAGAUUCAAUUUGUCACGUGCGCCCUGGUGGGGCGGACAAUUUGAAUGAUUAAUCGGAAUUUUCAAAUGUGCUUUUUACAAGGUUAUUGGCAAAGGACUUUUGACAUUUGAAGAGCUGUCGGAAGUUGUUCUAGAUGUAGAAAUCUGUCUAACUAUCUAGAAUAACUGGCCACUAAGCUACUUAGAGGAUGACAUUGAAUUUGCUAUUCUUACACCAAAUUUGUUUGUGCUACAACAGUCGAAUGUUGUGCCAGAGCUAGAAUGUUAUCAUAUUGAGGACGGUGAUCUACGAAAGAGGGCAAGGUACUUGCAAAGCGUAAAGAACCAUCUAUGGAGACGAUGGCAAAGAGAGUACCUGACGAGUUUAUGGCAGCGUCAUCAGACCAACAGCAAGUCAACUACAGUUGGUCCCAAUGAAGGAGAUAUUGUGUUGAUCAAAGGCGACGAGAAGAACAGAAACAAGUGGAAAAUGGGAAGAGUUACGAAGUUAAUUUGUGGGAAAGAUAACGUUGUCAGGGGAGUUAAGCUUCAAUGCGCUAAAUCGACUAUAGAAAGACCGAUUCAACUGAUUUAUCCCUUGGAACUGGAAUGCGACAUGGGGAACUGCGAGACGAAAUUGAAUACCAAUGCAAAAGAAUUCAAGCCAAGCUGACAAGCAGCAGUCAGAGCAGAAGCAAAGAAUAAGGAACUGUUUGAACGGGAUGAGAAGGACGAAUGA